UAGUCACCUUCAUCUUCUGGCUUCUGCUACUAUCAAUUAAAUUACGCCUACUUGUACAAGUACCCCUGGCUUUUAAUUAUUAAACUAAACUAAACACCCUUCGUAUAUCCAGAUAGAUUCAUCAUUUUUAUUUGGCAUCCGCAUUGCUGUAUAUACUUACACAUAUCAGUGUAUGUAUCUAUAUAAAUGGGUGGAAACAGCAAGCGCAGAUGGAAAUUCUCUCUCCCUAAAUUGCCCUCUUCUCCCUCAUCUUCUUCAUCAUCCCCCAAGACCCGAAUCAAAGAUCCGCCAAAAGAGUUCGUUUGCCCCAUUUCCGGGUCGUUAAUGUUUGACCCGGUUGUUAUUUCGUCCGGCCAGACUUACGAACGCACCUCCGCUCAGGUCUGCCGUGACCUCUCCUUCUCUCCCACUCUCUCCGAUGGGACUUGCCCUGAUUUCAACGCUUUGAUUCCCAAUUUAGCCCUGAAAACAACUAUUGUCAAUUGGUGCCGCACGGUAGGUGUCCUACCCCCUGCCGCACCUGAUUAUUACUCUUUACAGAAUAAAGUACGUGCACUCAUGGGGUCUUUCAAGCCCACGGCGACUCCGGCGAGUGUGCCUCACGCGCCGAAUGUGAUGAAUCGGAACGGGAGCAGUAGUUUUUGUUCUUCGAGUUCUGAUGAGUCUGUGAUUGCGAACGUCACGGUGACGUCAUCGUCGUCGAUGAAUUCGGUUGAGGUGUUGUUGGAUGAGACGGUUCCGAGCGCGAGUUCGUUGGAGGAGGAGGCGAUUCUGCGGAAAUUGAGGAGCCUUGAUGUGUUGGAUCAGAAGAAAGGCUUGAUUCAUCUGAGAGAGAUGACGAGGACGAGCGAGGAGGCUAGGGUUUCGCUUUGUACGGAGGCGAUGAUGUUCGCGGUACGAUUGGCGCUGUUUUCGAAGUUCGCCGGCGUUCAAACCAACGCCGCGGCGGCGAUUGUCAACCUCUCGCUUGAAAACGUCAACAAAGUGAAGAUCGUACGGUCGGGAAUCGUGCCGCCGCUGAUCGACGUUCUGAAAGGCGGUUUCUUUGAGGCUCAGGAGCACGCCGCCGGCGCUUUGUUCAGUUUAGCCGUGGAAGAUGGUAACCGGACGGCAAUCGGAGUUCUCGGCGCGUUGGAGCCGCUGUUACACGCGCUGCGAUCCGAGAGUGAGCGAACUCGGAACGACUCGGCGCUGGCUCUGUAUAAUCUCUCAUUAAUCCAGAGUAACCGAGUCAAGAUGAUCAAACUCGGAGCCGUUUCGAUUCUGUUAAGUUUGUUACAGAACGAUGACGUGGCAGACAGAGUGUUACUCGUGCUAUGUAACUUAGCCAGGUGUGCAGAGUGCAAGUCAGUGAUGUUACAUUGCAACGCGGUGGAGAGUAUGGUGGAGAUGUUGCGGCGAGUUGAGACUGAGUCGACUCGGGAGAAUUGCGUGGCGGGGCUGUACUCACUGAGUCAGCGGAACAUGAGAUUCAAGGGUUUAGCGGCGGAGUGUGGGGCAGGGGAGGUUUUAAGUGAGGUGCUGAGUAAGAAGCUGAGUCAACUCGGGCGAGAUAGGGUGAGACUUAUGUUGAGUGUGUUGAGAGGGAGGGAGGCUGAGCAGGAGGUGGAUUGGGAACGAGUGAUGGAAAUGGGACCGAGUUGCGACUGAGUUUAUGAGACCGAGUUGUGUUGAUUAAGUUAAUUAAACUGUAGUUACUGUUGUUGAUAGAUAAGUUAGUAUUAUUGUUACGGUUAAGUUUAGUGUUUAGGUUCGUUUUUGGUUGAUAUACUUUGGAAAUCUUCACGUUUAAACCUUUUAAUAUUCGCUUUUUAUGGCAGCAUAAAUAUCAUUUUUCUGA